ACGAUCUCAUCGAUCACCUGUGUAACACGCAGUACCGUGUGUGUUAGCUGGAGCAGAGCGGGGAUGGUCUUUCCAACUUCCAGAUAACCUGCAGCCACACGAAAAUGACAGACUACGCUGAAGAGCAGAGGAAUGAACUUGAGGCUAUAGAGUCCAUCUACCCAGACUCUUUCACAGUGCUUUCAGAUGAGCCCACCAGCUUCACCAUCACUGUGACAUCAGAUGCAGGAGAAAACGGUGAAACUGUGGAAACAACGCUCAAGUUCACAUAUGUAGAGAAAUACCCAGAUGAGCCUCCACUGUGGGAGAUCCACUCACAGGAGAACCUAGAGGACAGUGACAUGGAGGACAUCCUCACCUUACUGCAGCAACAGGCAGAAGAAAACCUGGGCAUGGUGAUGAUUUUCACCCUGGUGACAGCUGUUCAGGAGAAACUCAAUGAAAUUGUGGAUGUGAUGAAAAACAGACGAGAAGAGGAGAAGCGGCGGAAAGAGAGAGAGGCAGAGGAAGCAGAGAAGGUAGCGUUCCAGGGCACAGUGGUAACCAUUGAGAACUUCCUGGCGUGGAAAGCCAAGUUUGAGCUGGAGGUGGCUGAGCUGAGGAGGAAAAAACAGAAGGAGGAGGAGCAGGCAGGAAAACCUAAACUCACUGGUAAACAGCUGUUUGAGAGAGACCACAACCUGGACACAUCAGACAUUCAGUUCCUUGAAGACGCUGGAAACAAUGUUGAAGUGGAUGAAUCACUGUUCCAGGACAUUGAGGAUUUGGACUUGGAUGACGAUGACCCAGACUUUGACCCUUUAGAGAUGGGCAGUGAUGAGGACUAAAACAGGAGCAGGACGGAGGACUGCUGAGGACUGACAGGAUCAUACCACUCCUCUCUGGGAUAUGGUCCUCUGGCCCGACACAUUAGCAAGGUCCAACAGCUGCAGUUAUUUUGUAAAGACUCUUAGAACAGUUGGAGAGGAAGUUUUCAUCAUAUACUUAUAGAAAUGGACACUCAUGGGUGUAUACCUGAACAAUUAAAUUUACCAGAUAAUUGUC